AGAAUCUAGUCGUAUAUAUAUAACUUAAGAUUGAAAUCUAAACACAAUCUGAUCCAGCUAUGCAAUUAUUCCUAAGUUUUUUGCUAAUAGCUUAAAAAAAAGAGCAUAUGAGAUCUCUGAUUUUAAAGCAAAAUCAUCAUCUACACACUUAUAUCUCUAUUCUUGAUAGAUCAUAGAAAUAUGGAUGGUGGUAAUUAUUUUGGAGAUUCAAAUAUGGGAAAUGAAAGAGCAAGUGGAUCUUCAUCAUCAUCAAGAAAAGGGAAGAAAAAUAAUCAAGAUAAACCAAAGCAACCACAAAGAGGAUUAGGUGUUGCUCAAUUGGAGAAAAUUAGAUUACAUGGUGAAAUGGCUUAUGGUUUUCAUCCUCCUCUUCAUAAUCCUUAUCCAUCUAAUUUCAUCAAUGAAGAUCCAAGAGUGCAAACACCAUAUUCAUCUAUACCUUCUUCUUCAUCUUUUUCUUACUCAUCUUCUUCUACAUCUUACUCAGCUUCACAUGGUUUUCAACCAAACAUUGUGAUGGGCCAACCUCAAUAUGAAAGAACAAACAUCAUAUAUGGAGAUUCUCAACCAAUUGAUUCAUUAAGAUCAUGGGAACAUGCCAAUGCCAUUGCUCAAUCCAACACAACUAAACCAUUACUUAACCUAUAUGACUCACAAUAUGUAGAUACCAAGAAGCAUAGAAGUGGUUCCACAAGCAGUCAGAAUUCAGAAUCAAGUGACACUCAAGAACCAGAUUUGGAGCUAAGAUUAUCUCUUUGAUAUGCCAAUAUACAAAUAGUGAUUCUAGUAAUUGUAAUGCUUUUAUUUACAAUUAAUUAAGAGUUGCAAAAACACAAUGAACUAGCCAGUGUGUUUGGUUUUUAAUUGAAGUUCCAUUGUGUGUUCAAACUUGAGAGAUAUAUAGAUUGAUUCUUUGCAUGAAAAAAACAAUGCAAAAUAUUUACGUUAGUUAGUGUGCAGAAUCAUGUUAAGAUCAUGAAUUUAUCCCUUUUUAUAUUUUUUAUAUAAUUUUCUCACUAAGUGCUUAUGAAUGUAUUAAUGAAUAUUCUAUCUCAAAACUCUUUCCUUAAAAUUGGGCCUAAUUAAGGAAACAUUGAGAUUUCACGGGAUAAACAUUCUCAACUCACACCCAGAAUGUUCAAACUUAUCAUAUUUUAGAGUUAUAACUUCAAACUUAAGUGAACUAAUAUUCAACAAUUUGAAUUAUUACUUAACAAUUCUCCCCUUACUUUUAGUAAGAUUGAGAGAAGAAAUAUAUAACAAA